ACGUGACAAGCCAGCCAUCUCUCUAGCGCUUGCACACGUUCGCUCUGUUUCACUAACCCAACCCGAAACCAAAUCUCAUCCCAAUUCCAAAUACCUAAAAAUACAAUUCAAUUUACCCCCAAAUCUUCAUCUCUCCCAAAACUCAAAACUUUUUCAAUAAUCACUUACCCGCCAAAAAAACACUUAACAUCUCACUUUUCGCUUCUUACAUCUCUUACUUAUAUAUAUAAAUUAAAUUUAAUUUAAUUACCGCUUUCAAUUUCUCUUCUUCUUUCUUCCUCUUCCCUCCUUUUCCCUCUUUCUCUCUCUCUCCUCUCCCUCUCUCUCUGGGUUUCUCUCCGAUGGAACCGACGACGGAUCCGCCACCGGAGAUUGAGAACGGAGGAAGAGAGGAACAACAACGGUGCAACAAGAAAGCGAAGGUUGAUGUAAUUGAGAAUUCGGAAUCGGUGGAAUUGAAACGAGUGGCGGAGAUUGUUUUGGUUUUAUCAACGAUGGCGACGAUGCGUGGCGGAAAGAAACCGAGUGAUGCCGAGGUUGAGCUUAUGAGAGAGGCGAGGAAUAAGCUUGCGGUUUUGUGUCAAGGGAUUGCUCCGAAGGAUAUUGUUGCUGGUGAAGCUAUUGGUUCUGUUAUUCAGGAUCUUGGUUUGAAUGUUAAGGUUGAGGACCAAAGGUUAGGGUUUCGGUCCACACCUAAGAUGUCUAUUGCUGAACGGUACUCCUUUGCGAAAACAAAGAUGGAGGAAUCAAAGAAAUUCUCUGCACCUUCUACAACAUAUACAUCUCAGCCCUUGCAAACAAACACCAGUGGAAUGGUUGACAAUCGUGUGCCGACAAAUGCUGUUCGAAUGUUCGUGCCUGAUAAAUCAAACCACACGACAAUAUCAUCCACAGUUUCCAUGGUGUCUAUUCCUCCCCAUCUUUCUGCAGGAUCUUCUGCAGCAUUGCAGUAUCAAUCAACCAGCAAUGAAGUUAGACCGCCCAUGGUUUCUGGUGCAAUACCUAACAAUCACAUGGGAAGAAAUCCAUCUUCUGUAGCAUUGCCUAGAGUUGAAAACCCACAGUUUAAAGUUACUGGAGGAAUGAGUGGGGCUCCUUAUGUGCUUCAGGUCCAAGCAAACUCACUGGCAAACCAAUCAUCGGUGAAUGCUCCUACAUGGUCAAUACAGACUCAACCUGUGUCAUUAGCUAGAAAUGUAUCAGAAAACAAGGUGCCACCUGCUCAUAACUCUGUCGUCAAGGUUGAGGGAACUGCUGGUGCAACCAUAUCAAGGGCAGGUCCACAAGUAACAACAGCCCAGAGCGUUAGACCAUUUAUUACUCACAUGGGACCUGGAAAUUUGUCUAGCAUGCACCAGUCAUUACAGGGUGGGAAUAUGGUUCAACCUCCUACGAUUCCUAGUCACUCUGAUAUUGCAAAGGUUGUCCAGAAAUUGUUACUACCGAAGGUUCCUGACCAUCCCACAUGGACUCCCCCAUCAAGGGAUUAUAUGAGUAAGACUUUCACAUGUCAGACGUGUGAGCUCACUGUCAACGAGGUUGAUACCGUUCUUAUGUGUGAUGCUUGUGAAAAGGGAUUUCACUUGAAGUGCCUGCAGCCAGCAGUCAUUAGGGGAAUUCAUAAUAGAGUUGAUUGGCACUGCAUGAGGUGCUUGAGUUUAAGUGGGGGAAAGCCUUUGCCUCCAAAAUAUGGCCGUGUGAUGAGAUCCUCAAUUACAUCACCAAGUUUUCCCUCUAAUACAGUGGGUAUUCAACCAUCUUCAGAGAAGAAAGCAGAGAACUUAGAUUCAAAGGUCAGCCCACAGACAUUUACAAUAAAUGGAAACUCUGUUCCAACUGUUUCCAGUGCCAAUCACAAUACUGAGCUGUCAUUUGACUCAAAUACCCCAGAUACGAGAGAUAUACAAGGUUCCAACAUUUCAUCUAGCAUUGAAACCAUUGAUGAGAAGCCUGAUCCAAACAUAUGUAUGAAAUCUGCUGCUUGUAGGGCUUCCACUGGCUUGCAGGGUGAAAGUUAUGUUGAACAAAUAGAUUCAAAGGCUUUGACCUGUAAAGAUACUUCAGAAUCUGAAACUCUUCCUAAAUUAUCUGAGCCGGCUAAAUGUGAAAAUUUGCAUCCAUCACGAGAUUCUCAAGUUGAGAUGACAGUGUCACACGACAGUGCUGAAAUAUCAUCAGAUAGACACGUUAGCAGUAGUUUGACGAUUAGUGAUAAAAAAGAAUCUCAUGGAGGAGAAAAUAUAACUUCUGAUAUCAACCACGGUGACCUAGAUGUUGCACAACCAAAUUCUGUCGGAGGUUCUGGAACUAAUACUGAAGGUAUUCAGCACUCUGCUUUAUCUUCAGAUAGCUCACAUGCUGUAGAAUGGAUUGGUGAUGUUGUACAACUUGUAGACGAGAAAAAGUAUUAUCAAUCUUGCUGCAUUGAUGGAGUAACAUAUAGGCUGCAGGGUCAUGCUUUUUUCACAUCCAACCAUGGCAAAUUAACCCCUUCUAAACUUCAGUCUAUGUGGGAAGAUUCCAAAACUGGGGUGAAGUGGGUUAAGGCAACAAAGUGCUACUUCCCUGAUGAUUUGCCGGGGAAUAUCAGUCAUCCUUGUAUAUCUGAAGUCAAUGAGGUUUAUGAAUCUAAUAGUGAUAGAAUAGAAAUGGCUAGCUCUAUCCGAGGCCCCUGUGUAGUCCUUCCAUACGAUAAAUUUAAACAAGAAAAUGACAGAAGAUGUCAAUUUGGAAUUGAGGCAAGUGCUAGUGUACAGCCUAUUUUCCUUUGCAGGUGGUUUUAUGAUGAAAUCAAAAAGUCAUUUCAACCUGUUAUCAGUUGAUCAGUCUCAGAUUGUGAUUCCUACACAUUGCAGUUUUGUGGUAUUUGGAUGGUUUCGAACUUUUUUUUGGUCUUGUAUGGGUAAUUUAACACAUGAUUCAUGAGCGACCCAUUUCAAGGCGCAUAGCAGCAGAACUGACUUGUGCAAAAAUGCAGCUGAGGAGCGCGAAUUGCAUUUGAUGUUAUAUAUUUAGCUUUAGCUGUGACCGCUUAGUUUAGUUUUAAGCUAUAUUAGUGCUGUUAUCAUAGAUAUUCAUUUUGUAUAAUUCUUUUUUGGUGUAGGUAGGCUCUUUAGGCCCGCUGAUCACAAUUUUAUCUUUAAAAUUAGAUUAUCGUUGCAGUCCUCUUAGUUUGCUGGAAUUGUAUAAUAGUAUUUCGUUUGUACAAAAGCUACUUCUAGAAAAGCAUAUCCAUGAAAAUUUUGGUGAUCAUUGAACACCUAUUCAAUGUAAUGCUUUUUCUCUAGGACCUGGUAAUGUAUGAAAUUUUAUUGAAUUCUGCUUGCUGAGCUCUUGGCUCAUGAGCUAUUUGAAUAACCAUCAAGAAAAUUAUUACUA